CUGUGGCUUCAGAAAGAAAUGGGAUGCCUAGGAAUGGCAGGGCCCUUCCCUCUGGCCAUGUGGGCAAACAAAGCCCCUCACCAGCCCUUGACUUCUGCAGCCUCGGACAACCAGUGGAGCCAUUCGCUGUUUGCUUUGGUACCCUCGUGGACAAGGAAGAUUUUGUUCAAACGGGAGUCAGAUCUUAACCACCAGCUGCUUGAAGAUGUUUCCAAUAUGUCAGUGUCUUCUGAAUUUGGAAUAACCCUUCAGAAAUGUGGUGUGGUGGAUGUUGAGCAUGACCCUCAAACUGCAUACAUUACACUUGUGAUUAAUAACACCAACACAUUGCUCUCAACAAACAUUACAGAUCUUAUCCUCCUGGACAACAUCACUGGUCUACGCAUUCAAAAAACCAGUGGGAAUACGACCACAGAUGGCGUACAGAUUUAUAGGAAAAGAUUCUUGCAAGGUGGAGAACACUUUGUAAUCAACUACUCUGCACUUCUUGAUGCAAAAGAAAUGUGGGAUGGCAGGAUCUUGACACUGCCUGCAAAGCUAACUUUCAGCAGUUCAUCACAGAAUAAAACACAUCUCGUAUCGUUGACAGCAUCAUUCACCAUAACUGAAGAAAAAAAGACGAAGAUUAUGUACAGCCAUGCCAUCACUGCUUCAGGGUUCUUCAUCGCUUUUUUCAUUUCCCUUGUACUGACAUGUGCUGUUUUUCUCAUCAUUUACCGAACCCAAAUAUUUAAAUGGAGUUUCUGUAGUAAAAACCAGGAGAUACAGCAUGAACUCAGCCAAAAUCACAAACUGGAGCAUUCUCAGUUUAAUUCAGGUGAUCUCUUCAGUGAAGAUAUAAUUAUGAAUGACCAAAUCAUCGAUAUUCUGUCCUUUGAAGAACCUGGCAAUAUGCUUCGGGCUUUAGAAGACUUGGAGGUUGCCAGCCUGACACGGGCAGAUGCUGAUCUGGAGGCACAACGAACACAGAUAUGUAAAGAAGUGAUUGGAAUGAUGUUGAAGAACAUGGUCUUAAGUCACAACCUCUUUCCUCAUGUGGAGAAGAAGAUAAGUUCUAUUUUCAAAAAGCGAUUUCUUGCAAUGGAGAAAGAGAUUCAAGAGGAGUAUGAAAGGAAGAUGGUGGCUUUAACAGCUGAAUGUAAUCUGGAAACCAAGAAGAAAAUGGAAGCUCAAUGCCAGAAAGCAAGAGCUGCAAAUGAAGAGGCUGAGGAAUUAAUGAAGAAAAUUAAUGAAAAGCCUGCUGUAGAAUACAGAAAUCUUCUGGAUAGACUUCACAGACUGGACCAGGACCACCUGAAGAGGUUCCUUCUGGUAAAACAGGAGGAAUAUUUUGCGAAGGCUUAUAGACAGCUGGCUGUUACCCAGAGAAAGGAGCUCCAUACUAUCUUCUUUGCACAGAUAACAAAUGCGACUUUAAAGGGAGAACUGAAGUUGGAAGCAGCUAAAACAUUAGUGGAAGGUUACUCUAAAAUACAGGGAGACAUUGAAGAGCUAAUGGAUUUUUUGCAAGCUAGCAGGAAAUACCAUCUAAAUAGAAGAUUUUCUUACAGAGAGUAUCUUAUAAGUAAGAUACAAUUAAGGCAUUCACAUGUCUCUGCUCUUAUAAAUGCAGCAGCAACCCAGAUAUCAAGUCUCCUUAAUAAGAUGGAAAGAGCAGGUCAUCUACCUGAAAGUCAUUUGGGAAUGCUGCUGGACCGAGCUGAGACUGAAAUUAAUUUUGUUAAACAGAAAUUUGAUCACGAUUUAAAACAAGAAAAGCAAAAGCUUCGGCAGAAACUCAUUACCAAGCGAAGGCGGGAAAUGCUGCAAAAGCAGAAAGAGCAUCAGAAGGAGCAGCUGUCAUUUGGAGACCCCUUCAAAACUACUAAUGACAUCACUCACUACCUGAGACACUGGAAAGAUCUUCUGAGUGGUCACACCAUUGAAUUUGAAGAACUUGUUGAAAAACUUGACAAUGAGGCCAGUGAAGAGCUGAAAGAGCUUCUAUUUAGCCUAACAGAAAAAGCCAUUGAAGAGUUUAAACGUGUUCAAUGUGGAGUGUUUGUGCAAGAAUUGGUCAAACUCAAUGUGCCAAAGUUGUUCCUGCUAGAAGCUGUGGAGGAGCAUAAAAAAGAGAUGGCUGUUAAACAUGAACAGCUUGAAAGGGAAGAACAUGACAAGAGCAUGGCUGCUGAAGAGCUGCUUCAGUUCACCAGGCAAAAGCUAAACCAAGAACUGGAAACAGGCAUUUCGGAACAAAAAAAAUUAAGGAGCUGGGAACGAUCAGUAUUUAUGCAGCUUCUAAGUUUACCCCUCUCGCUGUCGGAGGAGGAAUUGCUUAGAAUGAGGCAAGAGUUACACUGCUGCUUCUCUCAGGUGGACAGCAGCUUGGCUUGGCCCAAGAUAAGAGCAAGAACCUUGCUUCAGACUUUUGAGAUGGAGCAGAGGGACACAGAAAUGCUGAAAGUCGAUCAGAAUUUAGCAAUGACCAGUAAACAGCAGCAUUCUAAAAUGGGAAAAACAGGAUCCAGGAAUAGAAAUAAGUUAGAUAUUCUGAAGAAAUCUUUACAGGCCAAAAUUUUAAUUUAUGAAGACUUGGUGAAAGAUGAAAAUUUGAAUAAGAUUAAGAAUGAGUUGCAGCUUGAAAAAGAGCAUCACCUGCGCGAUCUGGAAAAUAAACUUGGAGAGUAUAUUGCUUCUUUAGCCUUUCAAAAGACUGUUAAAAAAUCCAAAAUGCUGGAGCUUUAUACUGCUAUCAUAAAUGUGCAAGCUAUGCUCUUUGAACAACUGAGCACAUCAAAAACCCUGUCAAAAUUGGAAUGUAUUCAGAUUUUAGAAGCACAUAAUCCUGAGAUUGAAGAACUCGACAGGAAGCUGGAGUAUGAGAUGUUACAUAAGGACUCAGCACAACAGCAUCUAAUCAGUAGGCAGAGGUGGAUUCUGGAUGGUUUGGGACUUUCAAGUGAAGCUGUGGAAACAAAUGCAGAAAGACACGUGACAGUUUUGCUAAGACAGGCCAUGAAUAAGUGUAGGCAAUUUAUAAAUCUAUACCAGCAAAGCUUGAGAGAUGAGCAAUGGAAUUGUGUGGUGCUUGAAAAUCUCCUGGAAAAUAUAGAAAUGGAUGCAUUUUUGGCAAUUUAUAGUCAGGAGCUCCGUCUGGCAGGUUAUUUAGCUAAACUGACGAGGGUGCCAAUGGGGAUGUUGCACAGGGUCCUGAAUUGGUUGCUGCCCUCCAGCUCACAAAGUGAGGUUCUUUCUGUCCUCGAUUCCAUCAAUAAAUAUUCAGAUGGUGUUGUUGAUAGUGACAGUAAUGCAGAUGAAUCUGGCAGCUGUAGGAAAAGGAAGAACCAAGAGUUGUGGCAAGCACGGGAGAAAAAAGUGAGGCAAGAUCUGAUAAACAGAAGUUUAGAAAAGAUCCCUUCUCUAAAAAAUAGGAAAGACAGGUAAGGAGAAAACUGGAAGAAACAUAUAUGGGCUUUUUGCAAAAGCAGCC